AUGUUAUUAGACGGUCUUCCCGCUUUAGUCGUUACCGGCUCCAUCAUUACGGCGCUGGUAGGUUAUAUUCUUGUGAAGUGUAUUUAUGACCUCUUCUUCCACCCACUGCGAAAUUUCCCUGGUCCCAAAGUGGCAGCCAUAGGGUCUUUUUACGAAUUUUACUACGAUGUUAUCAAAGAUGGCACCUACCUUUGGGAGAUCGAGAAAAUGCACCAGAAAUACGGGCCGAUAAUUCGUAUCAACUCCAACUCAAUCCAUAUACGCGACCCCGAGUAUUAUUCCACAGUCUAUGCAGGAGGCGGUCGCAAAAUUAAUAAGGAACUCUCAACCGUAGCAGGAUACACCUUUCCUCAUUCUGCUCUUGCUACUAUUGAUCAUGAUCUUCACCGCAGGCGCAAGGCUAUUAUAAGCCCGUACUUCUCGCAACGUGCCGCUAUAGAAAUCGAGCCUCUUAUCCAUGAGCGGCUUGACGCACUUUGUUCUCAUCUUGAGAAGAAAAUGGCUAGUGGUGAUACUGUCAAUAUUACUUGUGCCGCUUCUGCCUUUACCGCCGAUGUGGUCAUGCAACAUUUUUAUGGAUACAAUCUUAACUUCGUUGGCGCUAAAGACUUCAAGUAUUAUAUGAGAGAAGGCUUGACCGGAUUAUUCGAAUUCUACCAUGCGACUCGGUUUAUGCCUUUCCCACCCGUUUUGAUCAAGAAACUGCCUUCCUGGAUCCUCAGACGUCUCAACAAGAAUUUGCCCUUAAUUAUAGAAGGCCGAAAUGAUCACAAGAAAAUGAUCUUGAGCUAUCUUAACUGCUCUGGCAACGCGGAAAAACAGAAAGAUGGCUCGAGAGCUAAAUCGGUGAUUGUGAGUGCGUUAACAGACCCUAACGUGCCUGAGCAGGAGAAAACACUAGACCGCCUAUUAGAUGAAGGGGAGACAAUCAUUUUUGCUGGAAUGGAUACAAGUGCGAGAGGGGUCUCUGCUGCUAUGUUCUACAUGCAUAGAAAUAAGGAGUUACUGCAAAGAUUACAACGAGAAUUAGAAUCCUUAUCAAAACCUGCUAAUCAGUGGACUACUGCGGAGUUAAAGGGAUUACCCUAUAUGGAAGCUGUAGUUCAGGAAGCCCUUCGUUUUCAAUAUGGCCUAGUUGUCCGCGUUCCGAGAAUUUCAGCCCAGGAAGCUUUACAAUACAAGGGCUAUACGAUACCGCCAGGAACCCCGGUCAGCAUUUCAUCCUACCUCACUCAUCACGAUGAGUCUGUAUUCCCAAAUUCUCAUGUUUUUGACCCUGAAAGAUGGAUCAAGGCUGCCAAGGAAGGUAUCAACCUGGACAAGUAUAUGGUCAGCUUUACGAAAGGCAGCAGAAUUUGCAUUGGCAUAAACAUAGCCUAUGCUCAGAUGUACCUUUGCAUUGCAAGGCUUGUAUCGCAUCUAGAUAUGGAGCUCUUUGAUACCACUCUGGAGGAUAUGCAAGUAUAUCAUGCUAGAGGCCUAGCGUACCCUAAAAAAGGGUCUGGUACCGUUAAGAUGAAAAUAAUUGGUGUACGCAAAACUAAGCGCUCAAUCUAG